AUGCGUGCUAGCAUUCCAACCGCUGAUGAGACAACCACCACCACCCCCCUGCCGAAGGAAAGGAUCACCUUGCAGAAACCAUUUGCCGCAGUCGGCGUGGACCACACCGCAGCCAUACAAACCGAAACGCGACCAGGCUAUAUACUCCUCGUGACAUGCAUGGCCACCAGGGCCGUGUAUUUAGAUUUCUGCCCCUCCUUGGAUGCGGAGGAAUUUGUUCUAGCUCUUCGAAGAUUCAGUGCUACGCAUGGAGCCCCGACCAUAAUCACUUCUGAUAACCACCAAACGUUCAAGACGGCCAGCAACCUCCUUCAGGGACUUUAUGAAGAGGAUGAAGUCCAGCAGUUCCUGAGGAGGACUGGCGUAGAAUGGCGAUUCCAAACACCCUGUGCGCCGUGGAAAGGCGGUUUUUUCGAAGCGUCUGAUUGGUGUCACAAAACGUCCACUUCAGAUAGCCCUCGGGAGAAAGCAUCUCCCGGAGGCCCACGUAUUGUAUUGACUCUAGUGAAAGAGGCGGAGGCGGUAGUGAAUAAUAGGCCGUUGAUGUAUGGCGGUGACAAGUGCGAGGACGAGGUCCUCACCCCCUCUCAUUUAGUGCGAGGUCACUUAAUCAAUUUAAUGGCACCUGUUUUGCCAGAUGAAGACCUUAAUGCUACCUUCACCUCCCGGAGGCUACGAGAUUGA